CCCUCCCUUCGUCUCUCCCUCUCUCCCUCCCGGCAGUGCAUCCCCAUCCCCCACACGGUGGCCGUCUCUUCGGGUGAAAACUGUCUUCCCAGCGCCACUGGCCCGACUAAACGCUGCUGUAGCAGAGAGCCAGUCCGCACCGAGCCGAGCCGAGCCAGAGUAGACACACCGGAGAGGGCACGUACGCACACGGGGAAUCUUGUAUUUGUUUCGACCGAGCCUCUUUGAUUUGCAUAUCCACUUCCACUCCUUCCUCAUUUGCAUACAGCAAGAAUGGCGAGCGGGCAUCCCACAGACAAAUUCAGUUUCAUGUAUCAACCAGACACGCACAAGAGUAAGAACAGGUUAGCUUCAGCUAUGAAUCCAGUCUACAGCCCAGUUCAGCCUGGCACCCCAUACGGAAACCCCAAGAACAUGGCCUUCGCAGGCUAUCCAGGAGGGUAUCCUGCCACGGCUCCCACCUAUACACCCAACCUCUAUCAAACAGGCAGUCCUGGGUAUCCACCAGGAUAUACUACAGCGGGAACCCCGUACAAAGUUCCCCCUACCCAGUCAAACGGAGCACCUCCUCCCUACACCCCGACCCCCACCCCAUACCCGACAGCGAUGUACCCCAUCCGCAGUGCCUACCCUCAGCAGAACCUAUACGCACAGGGAGCGUACUACACUCAGCCAGUGUAUGCGGCUCAGCCACACGUGAUCCAUCACACCACUGUGGUGCAGCCUAACAGCAUCCCCUCCACAGCCCUCUACCCUGCCCCCGUCCCCGUCCCCACCCCUCGCAACAACGGCAUGGCUGCUAUGGGGAUGGUGGCCGGAACAACCAUGGCCAUGAGCGCAGGGACUCUGCUGACAACGCCCCAGCACGCCCCGAUUGGAGCGCACCCAGUUACUGUGCCAACCUACAGGCCCCAAGGGACACCUGGGUACAGCUACGUACCGCCUCACUGGUAGAGCCCACCCAUCAUAUCUGGAGUCCACCAUCGUAUGCAACUGCUCAAAUCUUACCCGAGCUCCCGCUGGUAACCAUGGGAACUCGGCACCUGUCUGCAAGAACAAAACUAAAGUGCAACAGCCACUUUACUAUUAUUGUUAUUGUUAUUAUGCGACAUUCUCUAACGUUUUUACAAAAGCUGCUUUUAUUUUAUUUUAUUUUUUAUUUUAUUUUCAUUUUUUUUCUCUCUCUUUUCAUUUGCCAACCAGUCAUUACCUUUUUAUUUUAUAUAUAUUUUUUUAUGGUUAUUUCCUCAUUUGAUUUUUCUUUUGCUGCGUCUGUCAUUGGAACUCCAGAAGGACUCUUGACCAAUCACGGUUGUCGGUCGCUCCUGUUUCUGUGUUGUGCUGCGGUGUGUGGUCCUGCCUGCUGCUGCUCAGUAGUUGGCUGGAAAGUAUUGGGCACUUAUUCCUCAUCAUCAUCUCCAUCAGUCACUACAAAGACUUAUUGACUUAUGCUGCCAAAUUUUCUAACGACUAGAUAUCAGCACAGGGUUUUAACAUAAUUAGGAUUUCAUUUUUUUUUUUUUUCUUUUCUCCUCGGGAUGUUAAACUUUUUUUUUUUUAACCACACAUUAUCUUUUCCUCCUUUUGUUCUGCCUUCCUCUUCAUCCCUUCUUUCCGGAUUUGUAUAAUUUUCAGUUUGAUCUCGGUCGUCUUCCAGCUCGCAGCUGUCUGUCUGGCAGUAGUCAUCCUUGUUGUAACGUCUCCGUGUGAGUGCUUACUGAGCAUCACCCGCUGUGCUAUGUGUCCUACCUUGCCCGCAUUAGCAUCGUGCCUAGCGCACAUUUAAAAAAAGAAAAACAGACAAAAAGAAAAAUACAUAAUUUACUCCAUGCUACAUACUAUGCAGGCUAGUAUGUUGUGACACUAUCGAAAUCUUAACCUAGCUAGAGAACAUUCGGGGAUCGUUUGGGUCAUGUCAGCUUUUCUGUGUGGUUAGCGUAGGUCGGUACAUUUAAAAAAAAAAAAAAUACUAUUUAUACUAACUGUGUCAGCAGCAUGGGUGGUCGUGCACACUUUGUCACACACACGAACAAAACACAGACACACACAAACGCGCACAGGGGCUCCUGUGUCGCGUCGGAGAACACACAAUCACUUAGUGGCACUUACUGUACAGGACCUCCAGUUAUGUUGUUAACUGAUCAACACACAAACACACACACACACACAUAUAUAUACAUACAUACAGGCAGGCACACACACACAGGGGUUUGUGGGUGUGUGCGUGGCGGACACAGCCAGCAGAGAAGGAGUUUAAAGGGACUGUGUUGGCAGACUGAGAGGAGAGCAGACAGCAAGGAAGCAAGAGGAGGAGGAGAUGAUAUAUUCACAGUCAGACAUUUCAUUUCGAGGUACAAGACAUUUGAGUUUGUGACAUCUCACCUGCAAGGGACUGCACUGACGCGCAGCUAUUUUUGCACUGCAUGUAUUGUACGCUGACGUUCUCACCGUGAACGGAUCAUCUCCUCCUCCUUCCUUUUCGCAGGCGAGGACUAAUAACUAAAGGACACGCAGCGGAUGAGAAUGCCACGGGUUUUCCGGUAUUAACGGAUAAUAGAAAAACGUUCUGAUUGAUGGAUACCAGUCUCUGAAUGUUAUCCACGUUGCAGCCGUCUGACAGGAGGCAGUUCUCCAUAAAUUACGCCAGCGGCACCUGGCUCAUGGUUACAGGUUGUAAUUUUUAGACUUUGAUUUAUAAAUUUAAUCUUGAUGGCGCAGGAGAGAGAGAAAAGCAAAACCAGAUCAAACUCAUAAUGGUUCUGGUGUUUAUUGCCGUUUUGCAUUACGGCUUCUACAUUUACAUUCUCAGUGCGACGAUCCGUCUUAAUCAGACCCGUUGUUAUUUUAUUGGUCCUCGGCUGGAGAAAAUGACGGCGUGGGGAGGUCGCAGUGGUGGUGGGAUUUAAUAUCUAGGUGAGGCCUGUGGCAUUUUUCAGGAUUUACAGGAAAAAAAUUAAAAAAAAAAUACAACUCAAAUCUCAACUUGACGAUCUGUAGAGCACAGAUCGGUGUAACAAAGCAUUUUACUGCGCGGGAUGUGGAUGAAGUGGUUUGAUAUUGCAAUAAAAUAAGAGGGAUCGCCUCCAACUGUUAACACACAGUAAUUAUUUUAUCAGCGUUUUGAAUUGAUUUUUAAGAAAAAAAAAAUACUUAUUGUUGUAAUCUCUAAAUAUGGAUUUCAAGGCUCUGUACGUGGCCUCCUUUCAAUAAAUAUUACUGCUAAGAAAGAGUAGAACAUAUCAAAAUUUUGGGUAUCGAGUAACAUUGUGAGGAAAUAUUGCACAACGUAAAACAGAAAGAGAAAAAAAAGAAACUUGACUAUACUACUAUAAUUUAAUGCUAAGUAACUGGUACCUAGGCUUUGUAGUGCAAGAUGGAGGAUGAAGCAAUUUAUAUCAUAAUUAAAAAAAAAAAACAAUAAGGUCGAGUGUGUGAGGUAUUCUUAGUCCAGGUGUUUGUACACUAGUAGGUUAAUUCUCAAAAAAAUAAAAUAAAAUAAAAAAAUGCCGCUGUCGGAUGAAAACCGCCUCUAUUGGAGCCCUGUUUUUAAAAAAGGAUUUUAGACGAUAUCAAUCAUAACCUGUUCCCAUCCUGUAAGGAUCUUGUUCUUUUUCCAUUUAAGGCAGUUAAAAAAAAAUAAUAACAAUAAAAUUCACACAAACUGGAUUUUCUUGCGACAGCAGUAAUUUUACUCUGCAUUAGGAUUUAUUUAACCAACCACUACUUUUGUCAGUAUUUCUCAAUUAAAUAUUCUGUUUUUUGUUGUUUUUUUUUUUAUUGUUUUUCUUCUUUCCCUCUGGUCAAAUGAGAACAAUGGGUAUGCAUAAUAUUCAGGUGUAUUUCACUAUAGCAUUGGAUUUCUAAGUUUAAAAAAAAAAAACAUGCAGUAUAUUUAUACAGCAAGUGGUACAGUAAUGUAUUUCUAGCUAAGCAUGGUUGCAUCAGUGUGGCAGCUACUGUUUGUGCUUUUAUUUUUUACCUCCUCUUCUGCAUCUUUGUCCUCUACAUAUCUUGUUACUUAAAGGGGAGGGGGGAAGGUGAAGCUGAGACACGGCCCGCGAAUAAAGUCUUGUGGAAUUUGUCGUCGCCAAAUUCCUGCGUUUUUAUGACUGCCGCUUGACUUUACAGACGUUGGAGGAAGCAGAGGAUGAAAGAGAACUGAAACGGAUAGCCUUUUAUUUUAGUUUUUAUUUGGUUUUGUUUCUGGCUCACCGGUAAAGGCUAGCCGCCCUUUUCCUGUCCGUUUCCGUUUUGCUGUGGGGUGCAAAGAUGCAUGUCUUGAACACCCUCUGCCUCCGUUCCCUUUGUCCCGUGCCAUAUUUCACCAAUUGUUGUUGGGUAAAUAUUAGUUUCCUCUCCUAAGUGACUGGUGAGCUCUGAGUCCUUGUUACGUCUAGCUUCCUGUGAAUCUGUGUUUUUCCUGUUGCUGUCCCGUUUCUCACGCUGUUAAUGCAUAUUGCCUGUCUGACUUUUAUCUUACUGUAUCCUCCGUGUUUCUCCUCUUUUUACUACUCAGAGGCCGUUUUGCAUCCCUUUAAAUGUCAAGUCUCGUCUAAUUCAAAGGAUGCAAAAUGCUGUCUGAUCAUACGUACCACUUCCUCUCUCUUAUUUUAAGUCUCUACUCUCACCACUUCAUUUUUCAUAUUUUUUUUAAUGCCUUCAUUUCCACCUUUGCAACUCUCACCACCCCGUCUGAACAGCAGUCAUGUAGUGAGCUAUGUGACCGUCAUCGACACGGUCAUUUGCUGCAUUUUUUGUGAUGCGCCAUUGAGCCUUUUUAAACACUAGAGGUCGCCAGUAACAAAGUCUGGAAGCGGCAUCAGGAUGGUUUAAAACCGACACGAUUAAUUCGUAAUUUGAGAAUUGAAAUAAGAUGCCACGUUUUAGGAUAUUUCAGGGCUUUUUCGGGAAUGACAUUUUAAACAAAAAAAAAAGAAGAAGAAGCAAACAAGACUCCAAAUAAAGUCUUAUUUGUUUUGAGGACCAACGCUCUUAAACUGUGAUUCUGUUUUUUUUUUAUACGGCGGCUCAGUAGAGAGGCAGAGCCGCAGAGCAGAUGUGUCUUUCAGGGUGGUGAAACUGCUUCCUCAUUCCUUUCCUCUCGUUUAUUUCAAUUUGCACUUACAUGAAAAAUGGGCAGUUGAACACCUUGAAGUGUUUGCGGAGGGAGGGGAGUGCGAGGGGGAGGUGGGGGGGGUGCAAAGUUGUCUUAAUCAUGGUCCUUUUAUCGUCACUCUAUCCUCGAAACAUUUCCAAACCUUGAAAGAGGAUGAACAAGCAUUACUUUGUUUAUUUUUUUUCUUUUAUUUCCAGUGUAUUUUUUUUUUAAUCUCGAGCCUUUUCACUUUGACAGUGAAAAUGUGACCAGAAGCAUUCACGACGCAUCCAUCCCCCAUCCCCCCCUCACCCUCCCUCCCUCCGUCUUCUUUUUUUUUUUGCUUUUUUUUUUUGCCUUGCAGUUGCUAAGUCUUAGUUUUUCAUGAGUAUAAAUUAAAACACUACUAUCACGGCGAAUAGUAGGCUCUUAAAUGUCUUUGAUGUUCUGCUGCAGCUUUUUAAUUUCAAUUUGUCAGAGAUAACUCUUAGUUUAAUUUGACACUAAAUGUGAUGCAAAAAGUGGAAAUUCCUUGUCUUCCAAAAAGAAAAACAAAACAAAACAAAAAAAAAACAUGUACUCCGCAUCCCAUCCGGAUCGAGUAUUAGGAACAACCCCAUCUUUGGAAGUUUUAGUUUGGUACCCAGUUUGCACAUGCUAUGGUAUAUCUGUUACCGUAAGGUUGUGUUUGAAACUGAAGCCCAACGUCUGUUCAGCGUUGAGAGAAGUGAAUUGUAUGUUAGCUAUUCGGUCCCCGAGUGAAGGACCUGCGUCAGGCUUGUGAUAUGAAGUGUAAAUCUGUUUUAAAUUUUUUUUUAUGUUAUUUUUUUGUUGUUGUUGAGGGUUUUUUUUUUUUUUUUUAAAGAUCAGUUAGUGAUCUUAGUACUAUAACUAAGCCAAGUUUGUAAUUGUAUAUUUACUGUAAAAUGUAGAACAUUGAAUAACUAUUAAAAUUUUCCUAUAAAAGGAAA